AUGGCAACAGAGGUUGCAGCUGCUAAGGAAUUCACUCAUGGCCAGCCUGCUGAUCUGGAUGGGCAAGGGGUAGUUGUCGUGACGGGCGCAGCGGGCGGGAUGGGAAGAGCAAUCGCGGACGCCUUCGCAGACCAAGGGCGAGCUCUUCUCCUGUGCGACCUGGUGCCUCUGGCCGAGACACAAGCAUCCAUCACGGAGUCGCGGCCGCCGCUUCCGCUUAUCACGACGGUGACGGGGGAUAUCUCGGACCCAGCAUUCGGCGACAAGGUCAUCUCUGCUCUCAAUGGGCGCAAAGUCAGCGUUCUCGCGCAUGCCGCUGGUGUGGCGCCCUCCUUCCAGAACGGCCAACGUAUCUUCGACAUCAACUUCACCGCCAGCAAGACCCUGGUUGAGAAGAUGCAGCCACACUUGGAAGCCGAUGGCGCCGUCAUCCUGGUGGCGUCGCUGUCGGGAACAUUCAUCUCCACCUUUGCGAUUGACAUGGCAGUCAAGAGACAUCUCAAGGGGCGCUGGUCACCCACGGUGUGGCUCAUGAAAAAGUGGGCCUACACGUCGUAUUCCAUCUCGAAACGCUGCGUGCAGCUCUACGUGCAGAGCAUGGCUACAAGGCUCGCAGAGCAGAGGGUGCGGAUCGUCAGUGUGUCGCCCGGGGUAAUUGACACGGCCAUGAUGACGAAUUAUGCUGAGCAGCCGGCUCUGGCUACGUUUGUGGGGUCCUCGGGACUAAAAAGGAUGGGAAGGCCGGCGGAGAUCGCCUCAGUGGUCGCGUUCCUUGCAUCGCCUGGUGCGAGCUACUGCACUGGGAUUGACGUGCUGGUCGAUGGUGGUUUGACUGCGCAGAAACGAAGGGCCAUUUGGACAACCCUGCGGACUCUGCGCAAGUCACGGUCUGCUGGGUAG